AUGUGGAAAGGGUUCCGCAUUGCAUGUUUUGCCUGUUUGGCUGUGGAUUAUCCUACGCCAACACUACCGUCGUCCAUUGAUGAUGCGCCAAGUGUCACUCCGAACAUCGUGGAUCCUACUGCUCCCGAUGCGCAGAAACUGUGUCCCGGAUACAAAGCAUCCAAUAUAGCAGAGCACGUCGCUGGCUUUACAGCUGAAUUGGGCUUGGCUGGGGAGCCAUGUAACGUUUACGGCAACGAUAUCAAAGAAUUGAUUCUCGAUGUUCAGUACCAGAACGCGACGCGCCUCAAUGUCCGCAUAUAUCCUAGAUAUCUAGUAGCUGCAAACAACUCACAGUAUAUCCUACCCGAGUUCCUGAGCCCCGUGGGGAUUAUCGAGCCGGGCUCAACGAAGGACUCGAGUGAACUAGUCCUAGAAUGGAGCAAUGAACCAUCAUUUCAAUUUCGGGUAUCUCGGACUCGCGGUCGGGAUGUUCUAUUUGAUACAUAUGGGAGCGUCAUCGUUUAUGAGGAUCAAUUCCUCGAGCUCGUCACCUCCAUGGUCCCGGACUACAGCAUUUACGGCCUGCCGGAAAGCAUCCGCCCCUUCCGCAUUGGCAAUAACUAUACACAAACUUUUUGGAAUCAGUAUAACGUGACGAACGAUAAUCCAUUAGACACGAACAUGCACAGUGUUCACCCAGUCUAUGCGGAGACUCGCUACGGAAAUGGAAGCUCCAAAUCUCAUGUCGUCUAUGGAAGGAAUUUGCACGGACAAGAAUGGCUCAUGCGCCAGGAAAAUAUCAUUUAUCGCACCAUUGGUGGCAGCUUUGACUUCUAUUUCUUCAGCGGCCCGACGGUCAAUGAAGCACUAGCUCAGCAGCAGCUUGGUGUCAUCAAGACCCCCGUUAUGCAGCCGUACUGGGCGCUCGGGUUCCACCAAGUGCGCUGGGGCUAUCAAAAUUGGACUGUCCUGCAAGAUGUGAUUGACAACUAUGCGGCGGCAAACAUCCAGCUCGAGGCCAUCUGGAAUGACCUGGACUACCUCCUCCAGUACCGGGACUUCGUGAACGACGAGAACAGGUAUCCUGUCGCCGAGGGACAACAGUUUCUCGCACGCUUGCAUGCCAAUGGGCAGUAUUGGAUGCCCAUCCUGGACCCAAAUAUCUACGCCCCUGACCCAACUAAUGCAACAGAUGCUUAUGCGCCAUAUGAACGAGGCGUCGCAGCUCAGGCGUUUAUCCGCGAUGGUAUUGAUGGAUUCUACUAUGGAGAUCAGUGGCCCGGCUUCAGUGUCUGGCCCGAUUUCUUGGUUCCUGAAGCUCAUGAGUGGUGGACGAACGAGUUCAUCCUGUUCCAUGAACAGCUUCCGUUCGAUGGUUGGUGGAUUGACCUAACUGAUCUUUCGUCAUGGUGUACUGGGUCGUGCGGUACUGGUAAUCUCGAUUUCCAGCCGGUCCACGUGCCAUUCCUACUACCAGGGGAGCCAGGACAGCAAACCUUUGAAUACCCGGAAGCAUUCAAUAUCACCAAUAGUACCGAGGCAGCAUCGGCCAGCGCCGCGGCGGCAUCUCAAUCAGCUGCGUUUCCGACCGUUGCCGAUGAAAGUCACUGGGGCGGCGAUAGUAAUUCCAAGUGGGGUAACAUGUACUUCACAAUCGCCCAGGCCCUUACUUUCAGUAUCGCGGGUAUACCGUAUUUCGGUGUAGAGACGUGUGGGUUCAACGGAAAUGCCGAUAUGGAGCUGUGCACCCGGUGGAUGGAACUAAGCGCCUUCUUUCCUCUUUAUCGAAACCACAACUCCCGACCGGGGAACACGAUUGGCCAGGAGGCGUACAGAUGGGCAACGACAGCCGAGGGGACGAGGCGUGCCAUGGACGUGCGGUUCAAGCUACUGCCGUACCAGUACACGUUGUUCUGGAAAGCACACACCGCUGGGGAGACGGUUAUGCGGGCACUGCAGUGGGAAUUUCCCAACGAUGAGAGUCUGAAGGCUGUCGAUAACCAGUUCAUACUUGGACCGAGCAUCCUCAUCACCCCUGUGCUCGAGCCUCUAGCUACAACCGUCAAGGGCGUGUUCCCGGGCAUUGUGGACGGGACGAGAUGGUAUGAUUGGUACGAUCUCACAGAGAUCGAGGCACAGCCCGGAGAGAACAAGACGAUUGAGGCACCGCUCCUCUCAUACUCAAAUUCGGCGUUACGUGCGACAGUCGUCGGUGACUAUGUAGACACCAAUACAGUGUCAAAUAUCACAAUUGCUGGGUGGAAAGGUCGCACCAACCCACGUGUCGCCGUUUCAAUCGCGGGCAAGAACAUCAGCUGCAGCACUAUCUCUGUGACCGUCGCAGGCAACAGCGUCUAUGUGGAGAACCUGCAAGAUAUUUUCGUCCAAGGAGUUUGGGUUAGCGAUUUCGCUGUCCGUUUGGAGGACUAG